AUGGUCGCUCUCCUCCGCUCCGUCCCCCGCGCCGCCGCCCCCGCGCGCCGUGCCUUCGCUGUCGCCGCCGUCCGCAGCAAGCACACCCUCCCAGACCUCCCGUACGCUUACGACGCCCUCGAGCCCUCGAUCUCCAAGACGAUCAUGACUCUCCACCACGACAAGCACCACGCGACGUACGUCAACGGCCUCAACGCUGCCGAGGAGAAGCUCGCCGGCCUCCAGGCCAGCCAGGACGUCAAGGGCCAGAUCGCCCUCCAGGCUGCUCUCAAGUUCAACGGCGGUGGCCACAUCAACCACUCGCUCUUCUGGAACAACCUCGCGCCCACCGGCUCGGCCGAGACCCAGGUGCCGACCUCGGGCGUCCUCGCCGACCAGGUCAAGAAGGACUUUGGCUCGUUUGACAAGCUCAUCGAGGAGGUGAACGCCAAGACUGCAGGUAUCCAGGGCUCGGGCUGGGGCUGGCUCGGCUACAACCCCAGCUCCAAGGUUCUUGAGGUCGUCACUACGGCCAACCAGGACCCUCUGCUCACCCACGUCCCCAUCAUCGGCAUCGACAUCUGGGAGCACGCCUUCUACCUCGACUACCAGAACGUCAAGCCCGAGUACCUCAAGAACAUCUGGAAGGUCGUCAACUGGGCCGAGGCUGAGAAGCGUCUCGCAGCCGCCCUCUAG